AUGGCCUUGUCCUCACUGUACGGCGCCCUUUUGGGCCUGGUGCUAUGGUAUCUGGUCAAGCUGGUCGCGUUUCCCAAGCAAACAGCGACGCCUCUUCCUCCGGGCCCCAAGCCGAAACCAAUCAUUGGCAAUCUGGGGGAUCUGCCGCCACCGGGACAGCAAGAUUGGAAGUAUUGGAUGCAGUUCAAGAAGCUCUAUGGCCCCAUCAGCUCGAUCACUAUCUUCGGCCAGACCAUUGUCAUCAUCAAUGAACCCCGCAUCGCGUUCGAUCUUCUCGAGAAACGCUCGGCCAUUUACUCCUCUCGACCGCGGAUGGUCUUUGCGGGAGAAAUGGUGGGAUGGGAGGAUAUCCUAGCCAUGCAGACCUACUCCGAUCGGUUUCGCGCGUAUCGGAAAGUGAUGCAUCGCGUUCUAGGCUCAAAGGCCGUUACAUCGCGCUUUAAUGCCCUGCAGGAUAUUGAAAUCCGUCGGUUUUUGCUGCGAGUGCUACAGAAACCGAAUGAUCUGGUUCAACAUAUCCGGACGGAGGCCGGCGCUGUGAUUCUCAAAAUUGCCUAUGGGUACACGAUCGAGCCCCAUGGUCGAGACCCCCUUGUCGACUUGGCAAACCAGGCGAUGGAUAAUUUCUCCGUUGCCGGAACUCCGGGGGCGUGGCUGGUUGACGCUAUUCCUUUCUUGAAAUACAUUCCAUCAUGGUUCCCCGGUGCCAGAUUCAAACGUACCGGCAGCAGCUGGCGCAAGAACCUCCUUACCACCAUUGAGAAACCCUACCGACUGGUUCAGAAGCAGAUGAGCCAGGGCUCCUAUCCACCAUCUUAUCUAGCCAGCCUACUCGAAGAAGAAAAUGGCAAGUUCACGCCGGAAGAAGAACUUGUGAAUAAAUGGACCGCGGGGUCGCUGUACACCGGUGGCGCGGAUACUACCGUAUCUGCCCUUUCCUGCUUCUUUCUAGCCAUGGCCCUACACCCCGAAGUCCAGACCCAAGCCCAAGAAGAAAUCGACCGCGUCCUCGGCCCGAAUCAACUGCCUACCUUUGACGAUCGCGACAAACUACCCUAUAUCGAGGCCGUGGUCAAGGAGACCCUCCGAUGGCAUCCGGUCGCACCGAUGGGUAUCCCGCAUCUGUGCACCCAAGACGACAUCUAUGAGGGAUACCUAAUCCCGAAGGGUGCAAUCAUCAUGCCUAACAUCUGGGGCUUCACGCACGACGAAAACACCUACCACGAUCCCGCAUCCUUCAAACCCGAACGAUUCCUCGGCCCUGACCCCGAACUCGACCCGCAUACACUAUCCUUCGGCUUCGGUCGGCGCAUCUGCCCCGGUCGCUUCCUCGCCGACUCGACGAUCUUCGGAACCAUUGCGCAGUCCCUUGCUGUGUUCGAAUUCUCGAAGGGAGACACCCAUGAAACGAAGGCCGAGUUCUUGCCUGGCGUCGUCAGUCAUCCCGUGCCGUAUCGAUUGCAGGUUGAAGCGCGCAGUGAAGCGCACGAGAAGCUGAUUCGACGGGUGGAGGUUGAGUGUCCGUGGGAGAAAAGUGAUGCGUGGGAGAUUGAGCAAAUCGAAUGUUAA